UGACCUCGAACAGUACAGUAGAAAAUGGAUGGAUGGAUGUUGACUAUGCUCAUGCUAUUUUUAGUGUGACAUGUCUCUAAAGAUGAAUGUGAAAAUGACAGUAAUUAUUGUCCACCAGCAGGGGGAGCUCAUCACUAGUACUACUGUGUGGAGGCUGGCAUGUGGUACAUUAUUUCCUGUGUGUGUAUGACUUAUUCAGAGAGAGAACAGCACACUAGUAUGGAUUGCAGGAAUUAAUUUGAGGAUGUUUUUAUAUGAAUAAGGUGGAUUGGAUGUUAGCCUGGGAAGGCAUUCCCCUGAAGGUCUUCUUCAUGUGUCAGCUGGAAGUACCCUGACUGCUGUGAGGGGAAACUGAUGAGAUUACCUCAAUGAAGAACAUCUUUUUCGUGAGCAGGAAGAGGAACCACAGCCCCCCCACAUUAAAGAGGAAGUUGAGACGCCACAGACCCAUAAUGUUAAACUGACCCUUCACAUUAAAGGGCAAGCGGAGGACCCACUGAACUUACACAUCAAAAAUAAAGAGGAGGACCCACUGACCCCUCACAUUAAACAGGAAGAGGAGGACCCACUGAACCCUCACAUUAAAGAGGAAGAGGAAGACCAAGAUACGCCGCACAUUAAAGAGGAAGAGGAGGACCAAGAGCCGCCGCACAUUAAAGAGGAAGAGGAGGAAGAGGGCAUCAGUCAGCCUAAAUGGUUGGAGGAGUUCCCAGUGACUGGUGUCCCUGUGAAGAGUGAAGAUGAUGAGGUGAAAGGUGAAAGUGAGGAGAGGGGAGGGGGGGAGCCUCCAAGCAGCAGCUCAACACAACACAUGACAACAGAAGCUGAUGGAGACCACUGUGGAGGAUCACAAGCAGACAAGCUCUUAGCUCCACUAUCAGAUAGUGAGGACACAACGUCACACUCUCCUGACACUGAUGAUGAAGACUCUAAAGAUGAUAAGACAUGUCACACUGACAACACUUACUUCACAUGUUCUCACUGUCACAAAACUUUUAAAGACCGUCGCAAUAUGAAAAGACACAUGAGAACACACACUGGAGAAAAACCUUUUUCUUGCUCAGAAUGUAGUAAAGGUUUUACACGAAGUCAACAUUUGAAAGUACACAUGAGAACACACACUAGUGAAAAACCUUUUUCUUGUUCAAUCUGUGGUAAAGGUUUUACUGAAAGUAAGAAUUUGGACAGACACAAAAGAACACACACUGGUGAAAAACCUUUUUCUUGUUCAAUCUGUGGUAAAGGUUUUACAGAAAGUAAUAAUUUGAAAAGACACACUAGAACACACACUGGAGAAAAACCUUUUUCCUGUUCGACCUGUGGUAAAGGUUUUACAAGAAGUACAGAUGUGAAAACACACAUGAGAACACACACUAGUGAAAAACCUUUUUCUUGUUCAAUCUGUGGUAAAGGUUUUACAGAAAGUCAGAAUGUGAAAGUACACAUGAGAACACACACUGGUGAAAAAACUUUUCCCUGUUCAAUCUGUGGUAAAGGUUUUACAAGAAGUCAGAGUUUGAAAGUACACAUGAGAACACACACUGGUGAAAAAGCUUUUUCUUGUUCAACCUGUGGUAAAGGUUUUACACAAAGUCAAAAUAUGAAAAGACACAUGAGAACACACACUGGUGAAAAAUCACAUUCCUGUUCAACCUGUGGUAAAGGUUUUACACACAGUCAGAGUUUGAAAGUACACAUGAGAACACACACUGGUGAAAAAUCACAUUCCUGUUCAAUCUGCAACAGAAGCUUUGGUGACCGAUCAAACCUUGUAAGACACAUGAGAAGACACCCAGGAGAGAAAGUGUUGAGUUGCGGUGUGUGUGGUGAAAGAUUGUCUUCUAAGUACCAGUGUAAGAAACACAAGUGUGCUGGUGAGAACAGCAGCAGCAAAUGAAACUGCAGGAUUUGAAAUAAACUGUCCAGACUUUCAUUUUGACUUUCUAACAACAUCAGCACAUAUAACAUGUGUGACAUUGUUGUUUGUCUAACAAUCUUUUUAAUAUGAUCUUUACAUUUAUAGAUUAGACAGUUUGAAAUAUAAAAGUAUUACAUAUUUGUACUUGUAAUUUUUGAUAAUCCCAUAGAUUAUCACCUUUAUAUGAUAUACAUAUGUACUGCUUCACAUCUGAAACAUCUUCUGGACCACUUCAGGAAGCAUAUUAUUAUUUACUUUAUACAUCAUUUGAACAGUUGUCUUUUAUACAAUUUUAAAAUGUGUGACUUUAUGAAUCAUUUGUUGGGUCUCUAUAAUCCAUUUUAUUAAUCAUCUUUACUACUCUCUUUUGUAAUAUGAUGA